GUUUAUAACUUUCUCCCUCGAAGCCGAUCAAACCGGUUUACCGCGCUUUGCCCUCGCAGACAUUUCCCUUAGCGAGGCCUCAGCGUCCACGGCACCCCAAACGAAGGCAUCGCGGACUUCGAAAUGCUACCUGAAGCACGUCGGGGGCGGAGCGAAGCUGCUCGCCCUCCUCCAGCCUCGGUCUACGCCCUGCCGGUCCGGAACCGCCCCAGGCGGGCCUCACAGAUCGCGGACGACCGCCGCUGCCGCUCUGAACGCUCCGGCCCGCUCAGCCGCGCCGGCUUUUAAACGGACCGGAAGUGAGGGCAGACGACUUCCGGCGGUUGGACUGAGAGGACGGAGUGUCGGGCAUGGCGACCAAGCGCCUGGCGCGGCGGCUUGGAUUAAUUAGGAGAAAGUCAGUUGCACCAGCAAGUGGGAAUCCAGGAAGAAGCAGAUUCAAACAGACGUAUGACUACUUAAUUGUCAUUGAUUUUGAGUCUACAUGCUGGAAAGAUGGGAAACACCACAAUAGCCCUGAAAUAAUUGAAUUUCCAGCAGUUUUGUUGAGUACAGCAACUGGAGAGAUUGAAUCUGAGUUUCAUGCUUAUGUCCAGCCUCAAGAACAUCCAAUCCUUUCUGAAUUUUGCACAGAACUUACAGGGAUAAAGCAGGUUCAAGUUGAUGAAGGAGUCCCUCUGAAGAUUUGCUUAUCUCAGUUCUGUAAAUGGAUUCAUAAGAUUCAGCAGCAGAAGAAAAUUGUCUUUACUACUGGGGAUUCAGAGCCUUCUUCUGAAGUAAAAUUGUGUGCUUUUGUUACUUGGUCAGACUGGGACUUGGGGGUUUGCCUAGAGUAUGAGUGUAGAAGAAAGCAGCUCUUAAAACCCGUGUUCCUAAACUCCUGGAUUGAUCUUAGAGCAACUUACAAGCUUUUUUAUAAGAGAAAACCCAAAGGACUAAAUGGCGCCUUGCAGGAAGUGGGAAUAGAAUUUUCAGGACGGGAACAUUCUGGCUUAGAUGAUUCUCGGAACACUGCUCUUCUUGCUUGGAAAAUGAUCAGGGACGGUUGCCUAAUGAAAAUUACCAGGUCCUUGAACAAGGUUCUCACUAAGAAGAAUCCCAAGAUUUUGGUGCGAAAUUUGGGUACAGAUCAAGUUGAAGAAACAUCUGCCUGCAACGUUAGCAUCCAGGGUCCCAGCAUAUAUCAGAAGGAGCCCAAAAGUAUAGUAAAUACCCAGGAAGAUGCUCAAAUGAAUUUAGUUUGUAUGAAUUCGUCUAUAAAGGAACAAUUACAACUAAAGAGUAAUACUAAAGUGGAUCUUCACAAUAACAAACAUUGCAUUCCUCUUUGUACUACUAAGCCCUCAACUUUUGGGGAACAACUGGGUUCCCCCACUUUGAUGCAGAAGCAAAGAAAAAGUGAACAGCUUGCAUUGAAUGACAAAUCAAAGUCCUCAGCACUUAACUCCAACUUGGUACUUGUAUCUACGACCAUUCCAUCUGUUAAUGUUGUUUCUAAUGGAGAAGUGGGCUAUACUUUUGACUGUUUACCUAUGUUGGCUGAGUGGGAAGAUGUAGUUUUACUUCCAUCAUCUCAGGCUGAACAAGAUAAAGAUUGUGUGCCUCCGAUUAGUGACACAAAUGUAGAUACUUCUCUUAAUUCUGGAGAGAGAUCGAUGGUUUUAAAAGAACCAGAAAUUCUUAGUUAUGAAAACUUUGAAGACCUCAAGGAAACUCCUCAAAACUUUGAAAUAUCUAAGUCUAUUGUGUAUAAGAGUCCCCACAGUACCGUCUAUAAUGUAAAGGGAGCUAAACAUUCAGGUUCAGAUGCUUCUGCUUUUAAAUUACCUGGAUGCAAACCAUUUACCUUCAACAGUCUUAAUGCCAAUGCAUCGCAUCCUUCAGCUUUGAGGAAACAACCUCUUCCCUUAGGUGGUACUAAAAGGAAUUCACCUAGUCCCCUACCUUUCCCACGAGCGAAAAAGCAGACCUUCAGUAUUCAUGAAGAAAAGCCUGCAUCAUCUACUUGCUCCCCAGGAGCCUCUUCCCGAAAAGUUCUUUCCUCCAUAUCAACAUCCACAGUUAAUCUACAAGAGCCUUGGGAGAGUGGGAAGAUGACACCUCCCUUAUGCAAGUGUGGCAGAAGAUCUAAGCGGCUUAUUGUUUCUAAUAACGGGCCAAACCAUGGGAAAGCCUUCUACUGUUGCCCUGUUGGGAAAUACCAAGAAGACAGAAAAUGCUGCGGUUAUUUUAAAUGGGAACAAACACUUCAAAAGGAAAGAGGCAAUAGCAAAGCUCUAUCUCGUUCCUCAGAAGGACUCGCUUUCAGCUCUCCAGAAACAAGCCAUAUUCGUGACAGAAAUUUAAGUUUUCCUGUUAAAAAUCCUUUACGACUCAGACCGUCAAUGAGAAAUUGAUAAACUCUCUCCUAAAUUGUCUUUUACUUCAGUAUAAGCUUUAUGUGACUUUUACACAGGAAAGAUCAAAGUGUCAGGUUUGAGUUCCGAGGUCUCAGCAUACCUGGAGCUAUAGCCACACUGAGGCAGUUCACACUGACGGAAGGAAGCAGAUUGCAUGACUUCCACUCUUGCCCAGAAGUUGUCUAUCAACUGUCUGUUGUCUGUUCCUGUCGGAAUCCUUGUACCUUAAAUUCCCUAGCAUGUGUAUUUGGAUUAUGUCACAUAACUAUAUUUCAUAUAUUAACAUUUGCUGAAUUUAUCAAACUAUCAUGAACCACAAGGAAAAAAUACUUUUUUUAUAAACCAUUUAUUAGGUUAAAUUUACUAAGUAGCCAUAGUGCGUGACAGCUGUCUCUUAUAGAUAGAACUUGAAGCAAAUUUCAAACUACUUUCAAAUUACUUGAAUAAAAAUAGGACUAAUAAAACCCUUAUUCAAAUUUCAGGUAAAUAUUCUAAGAAUUAUGACAAUUUUCUAAAAACAAGUCACUUAGUUUUUUCAAAGCUUGAAGAUUUGUUCUGAUUUGUAUAUUAACAUAUUAGAAUUAUUCAGUUAAGUUUUGAAAACCAGUGAGGCAGAGAUUUGCUUUAGAAACUGCUCCUAAAAUAAAUUUUAAAACAUCUCAGCAACUGAUGACAUUCAUUUUGCCAAAUUACAGGAACAUUUACAUGAAAGCAUAAGGAUUGAAUGUUUAAUUUCAGAAUUCAGUCUCUGGUGUCAUUACUUCAAAAUACUUUAAAUUCAAUUUAGAAGCAAUCUACCCAUAUAACCGGUGGUUCCUGUAGACUUGUAGACACUUCGUUUGUUUAUAGAUAUGCGGAUGAUUAGUGGAUAGGUUUAAAUGGUUUUCCAUUCUUUUUUCCUCAGUUCAUUUCUUUUGACCUUCCCACUGACAGUCUUUGGCAGCUCUUCAAUAAAUUCUACCUGUUAGCAUUAAGGGGAGGGAGGAAGUUAGUCCAGCGCUUGGACGCUUUAGUUGAUGCCAAUUAUUUAAUAGCUCUUUUGGCUUCUAGGUGAAAGGAUGGUUGAAGAUUUUCUUUACAUAUAUAUACACAGUAUUAUGAGCUAAUUGAAUUAUAUUAGGGGCUUCAGUUUAACCUCAAAAAUUUUGAUUCUCUAUUAUCAUUAGUUCUAUUUGGAACCUCUUGUGAAGCAUAUUUAAGGGUCAUUUAAAAGGGAAAAAACAAACAGUUGAAAAAUUUCUAAAGCACUGACCAGAUACAGUUGUGCCAGAGAUGCCUACCUUUCUGGGGUAUUUGUAUGGCGCUGUAGUCUUUUUCACAUGCUCCUGAAUCUCCUUUUUCAGUUGUUCUUGAUCAUGUAACUUGUAAUCAGGCCUCAGAACAAUAAAAGCCUUUACUACCUAAAGUAAAUACGUAAAACA